GAUAAAGCAGCGUCCGAGGCUGCUUCAUUGUUGUGAAGAGUCUUAAAGGGGCCGCAUCACCGGCCGGCCCGGUGCGGGGCGGGGGUGGGUGCGGUGGGGGUCUCGAGCGCGGGAGAAGGACGGAAGGACGGUCAGGACUCGCGGGAGCCGCUAAGGAGGAGCGAGCAUCAGACCGACCACCCUUCUGGAGGCCCCGCCCCCGGCCCCGGCCCAGCGAUGGACGCCCCCGAGGCCAAACGGAGCCGGCUCUGCCCCGCCGGCCGCGACGAGCGCGAGAGCUGGGCCGGAGCCGUGCGCGCCUGGGGUCGGCCCGAGCCGCUGCUGGACCUCUGCGCCAAGCGAGUGGCCGAGAGCUGGGCCUUCGAGCAGGUGGAGGAGCGGUUCUCGCGCGUGCCGGAGCCCGUCCAGAAGCGCAUCGUGUUCUGGUCCUUCCCCCGCAGCGAGCGUGAGAUCUGCAUGUACUCAUCCCUGGGCUGCCAGGCCCCGGACAGCGAGCACGACGCCCGCGUGCCCUUCACCCGCGGGCUGCAGCUGCUGCAGAGCGGGGCAGUGGACCGGGUGCUGCAAGUGGGGUUCCACCUGAGCGGAAACGUGCAGGAGCCGGGGGCCCCCGGGGAGCCGGAGCGCCUCUACCACGUGUCCAUCAGCUUCGACCGCUGCAAGAUCACAUCCGUGAGCUGUGGUUGUGACAACCGGGACCUCUUCUACUGCGCCCAUGUGGUGGCUCUGUCGCUCUACCGCAUCCGCCAUGCCCACCAGGUGGCGCUGCGGCUGCCCAUCUCCGAGACCCUGUCACAGAUGAACCGGGACCAGCUGCAGAAGUUUGUUCAAUAUCUCAUCAGCGCCCACCACACUGAGGUGCUGCCCACUGCCCAGCGCCUGGCCGACGAGAUCCUCCUGCUCGGCUCCGAGAUCAACCUGGUGCACGGCGCCCCCGACCCCACAGCCGGCGCAGGCAUCGAGGACGCCAACUGCUGGCAUUUGGACGAGGAGCAGAUCCAGGAGCAGGUGAAACAACUGCUGUCCAACGGCGGCUACUACGGCGCCAGCCAGCAGCUGCGCUCCAUGUUCUCCAAGGUGCGGGAAAUGCUGCGGAUGCGGGACUCCAACGGGGCGCGCAUGCUGAUCCUCAUGACUGAGCAGUUCCUGCAGGACCCCCGCCUGGCGCUGUGGCGGCAGCAGGGCGCGGGCAUGACGGACAAGUGCAGGCAGCUAUGGGACGAGCUGGGGGCCCUGUGGGUGUGCGUGGUCCUGAGCCCGCACUGCAAGCCUGAGGAGCGGGCGAGCUGGCUGCAGCUUCUUAGCAAGUGGAACAAGCUGGACGUGUGCCCGCUGGAAGAGGGAAACUACUCCUUCGACGGGCCCUGCCUGCAGCCCCCUGCAGACCCAGAGGCGGAGGACGAGGAGGCCCCGGACUCGGGCCCGCGGCACACGGUGUUCGGCCGCGCCCUGCAGGCGGGGGCGCUUCACUGGAGGGACGCCCACCUGCAAAGGAUCCUGGCCAGCGACUACUGCAGCCCCAGCCUCACAGGCAACGUGGGCGGGGACAAGCCCACCUUCGACCCCCAGGGCCGCCCCCUCUGGCUGGGCGAGCCCUUCCCCACUGCCUGCGCCCGGGUGGACACGCUGCGCGCCCAUGGAUACCCGCGUCAGGCCCUGCGGCUGGCCGGUGCAGUCAUCAACACGCUGCGGCUGCAGCGGCGCCACCAGCUGGACAGCUACAAGCAGCAGAAAAAAGAACUGCUGCAAAAAGGUUCCACCAGUAUCACCAACACAGAGGGUUGGGUGGGCCACCCUCUAGACCCCAUUGGCUGCCUCUGCAAGGCACUCCUGGAAGCCUGCCGCCUGGAGGAGGAGAACCUCGCCCUGUACCCAGAUGCAGGUCCCGAGAAGCGGAAGGUGGCUUACCAGCACGUGCCGGUUCCUGGGAACCCCGGCGAGUCCUACCUGGCACUGGCUCUGGAAGUGGCGCUCCUGGGGCUGGGGCAGCAGCGGGCCCUGCCCGACGGCCUGUAUGCCCAGGACAAAGUUGUCCGUAACGAGGAGCAGCUGUUGGCCCUGCUCGAAGAACUGGAGCUGGAUGAGCGGCUGGUACAGGUGCUGCGUAAGCAGGCCGGGCUGCUGCUGGAAGGGGGUCCGUUCAGCGGCUUCGGGGAGGUGCUGUUCCAGGAAAGCGUGCCCAUGCACACCUGCGCCCGCUACCUGUUCACUGCCCUGCUGCCCCACGACCCGGACCUGGCCUACCGCCUGGCACUGCGGGCCAUGAGGCUGCCUGUCCUGGAGACGACGUUUCCCGCGGGAGAGCCCCCGCCCAACCCGCUGGACUCCAUCAUGAGCAACCGCUUCCCCCGUUGGUUCAUCCUGGGCCACCUGGAGACACGCCAGUGUGAGCUGGCCUCUGCCAUGCUGACAGCAGCCAAGGGAGAUCCCAAGUGGCUGCAUGCGGUCCUGGGCUCCAUCCAGCAGAAUAUCCACUCACCCGCCCUGCUGUUCAAGCUGGCGCAGGACGCGUGCAAGACGGCAACCCCGGCCAGCGCGCCUCCGGACACCACGCUGCUGGGCAUCGCCUUGGAGCUGGGCAUGCAGGUGAUGCGACUGACGCUGAGCACCAUGAGCUGGCGGCGCAGGGAGAUGGUGCGCUGGCUGGUCAGCUGCGCCACGGAGAUCGGCCAGUCCGCCCUGAUGAACAUCAUGCAGAACUGGUAUUCCCUCUUCACCCCGGUGGAGGCAGCCACCAUCGUGGCGGUGACGGGCACCACACACGCCACGCUGCUGCGGCUGCAGCUGGACGCGCCGCGGCGGGAGGAGCUGUGGGCAUGCGCACGCACGCUGGCCCUGCAGUGCGCCAUGAAGGACCCGCAGAACUGCGCGCUGCCGGCGCUCACGCUGUGCGAGAAGAAUCACGCGGCCUUCGAGGCGGCCUAUCAGAUCGUGCUGGACGCGGCGGCCGGCGGCCUGGGCCACGCGCACCUCUUCACCGUGGCGCGCUACAUGGAGCACCGCGGCCUGCCGCUGCGCGCCUAUAAGCUGGCCACGCUCGCCCUGGCGCAGCUCAGCAUCGCCUUCAACCAGGACAGCCACCCUGCCGUCAACGACGUGCUCUGGGCCUGCUCGCUCAGCCACUCGCUGGGCCGCCACGAGCUCUCGGCCAUCGUUCCGCUCAUCGUGCGGAGCAUCCACUGCGCGCCCAUGCUCUCCGACAUUCUGCGCCGUUGGACCCUGUCGGCGCCAGGUCUGGGGCCUCUGGGGGCGCGCCGGGCGGCCAAGCCCCUGGGUGCGGACCGGGCACCGCUCUGCCAGCUCCUGGAUGCCGCCGUGGCCGCCUACAUUGCCACCAGCCACUCGCGCCUGACGCACAUCAGCCCGCGCCACUACGGGGACUUCAUCGAGUUCCUGGGCAAAGCCCGCGACACCUUCCUGUUGGCGCCCGACGGCCACCUCCAGUUCGCCCAGUUCCUAGAGAACCUGAAACAGACCUACAAGGGCAAGAAGAAGCUGAUGCUGUUGGUGCGGGAGCGGUUUGGCUGAGCCGCAGGCGGCGGGGGCCCGGGGACCCCCUCUCCUUUCGCAGCCAGGCACCCGCUCUGCAGUGUCGGCGGUCUCCGCAGCGGAGACCCCAGGGCAUUUCAGUAUUAAGUCAGGGAAGGAGCCAGGCCUGAGCGAGGUGGGCUU